AUGAACAUGUUCUUAAAAUGCCUGUUCUGUUGCCAGAAAAGCAAAGUGCGACGAGCUUGUUGUACCUCCGCCCUAAGGCUCAAGCAAGCACGUUUAAGCCAUACUGUAGCAAUAUUGAGGAGCACAAGAUCGUUCAGUUCGGAGGUUGAUAACCUGUCUAUGGCGGGGUUCGUUCCAUUUCGAUUGGGCUCUAGAUUGCAGAUUUUACAGGGCAAGAAGCUUGUGCAACUAACUUGUUUGGUACGAUGGUUAACAGCGCAGCUUCCUAUGGAGAAUAUAGGAGAAAUUUCACAAACACGACCUCCGUGCUACUCCGCAAUAUGUUGUGGGAUUGGAGAGAGCAAAUGAUACGCUUUCUAGCAAAGUGCGAGGAUGCCACUUAG